UUUCUCAUGCCACAGAAGCACAGUGCAGCAGCGUCAGCCCCCGAACAAAAGGCUAAACGCAGCAGAACCACAGGAGGGAACCUCAGGAAGAAAAACAGGCAGAGUGGCUCAGCGUGACUGCCCUUCUCAGGGAGGAACUCGACCUGCCAUUCAUUCCUCCUGCUCUUGGAGUGGAGACAGGGCUAGCCCAGUCUGUCUGUCAGAGUUGAGGAUCACACUCUGUCACUGACACUUUUAUCUUUUACUUUGUUUUCACACCUUAAUCUCUGUCAUCCUUCACUGAGAUCCCUGCACCUGCCCCUCUUCACCUGGGCAUCCUACCUUUUCAUCCACCUGUCCUCCGAGAUGUCAGACAAUGACUGCCGCUCGCCCAUCGGUCUGGACUGCUGUAGCUGCUGCCUGGAUCUGGCCAAUGGCUGUGAUGAGUCUAUGUCUACUGGUCGUGCUCAGGGCCUCAGUACCAACAGGAGCCUGCCAAGAAGCCCCUCCAGCCCCAGUGUCAAUCACUUCCGUCAGCUCCGCAACCAGCUGAUGUACCAGAACCUCAACACGGACAAGCUGAACAACAUCAUGAGGCAGGACUCCCUGGAGUCGGUAGUGAGAGACCCCUGCUUCCUUCUCAACGAGGGGAUCUGCAACAGCAACAUUGACCAGACCAUGCUGUCUAUACUGCUCUUCUUUCACAGUGCCUCUGGUGCUAGCGUUGUGGCCAUCGACAACAAGAUUGAACAGGCCAUGGAUCUUGUCAAGAACCACCUGAUGUACGCGGUGCGUGAGGAGGUGGAGAUCCUCAAAGAGCAGAUUAAAGAGCUGGCAGAGAAGAACAACCAGCUAGAGAGGGAGAACUACCUGCUGAAGAACCUGGCCAGUCCGGAGCAGCUGGAGAAGUUCCAGUCUCGCAUCCCUACAGACGUGCUGCUGCCUCUGGACAAUCAGAGCGCCCAGGUGACCCCAGACCUACAGCAGCAGCAGCAGCAGACCUGCAACCACAGCACUGGCUCUGCUGUAUAAGUGGCUCUGCCUUGGGGCGGGCAGAGCCACUGUCUCCUUAUAUUAAUGGACCUCCUCUUGAAUGAAGAAGUGUUUAAAAAAUCGCCACUGCUGAGAAUCCUUCGAAACAAAGAAGGUGAAGCAUCAGGGCUGUAAAUGACUGAAGAGGACAGAAAAGAACUGUGGACACUAUAAGCACAAAACAGAACUUAAGACGCUCUGAUUGGUGUGGUGUCCGGCACGUCCUCUGAUACUGUCAAGCUCUUUGUCGUAGUCUUUUUCUGUAGACGAAAGCUAGAGGCUGACUAGACACCGAUGAGUUCUCGCUUUCAGACAGAGGGGGGUUUUCCCUGCCAAACCCAUCCAGCAAACACCCUUUGCUCUGGAGAGAGACGGGUGAGGAGGUGUUGAUUGGGCUGGCCCUGCAGGUGCUAAUUAAAGUGUGGGGAGAGGAGACCCAUCUGAGACGGUCCUCCAAGUCUCGAUGAGAAGAGCCCCAUCAUGUGGAUUUGUCCAGUCUCAAAGUACAAGUUUCAAGGACUCCUAGCCACACAUUUCAUUAUGAGAACUUUUCCUGUACCUACAAUGUACCACACGUGUUCAUGUACAUCUGUUCAUGCAUUAACAAGAAUAAUUAACAGGAUAAGCCAAGACAAGAGAGGUGGCGGUUAAAGCAGAAAUAUCCUAUUGGAGCUGGUGGACUGGUGUAGUAGACAUCAGUAUACUGUAAUGAUUCAAAAAAAUAUAGUCUUGUAUUGUCUGCAGUUGGGGCUUGCUGCUUAUGGGGGAAAUGAAUCCUGCUAUGUCUUCUGUUUUUUGUUUGAUUCUGAACAAAAAUCAGUUGUUUGUAUAAUAGGAGCAGUGUACAGUGGAUUUUUUUGGAUAGUAAGGUUGCAGGCAUGUCUGCCUAGUUCUUCACAGUAAACUACAAUGUGCAUAGCGGAGAUGGUGAGCAAGCAGGCGCCUGCGUUUCUCGCUGCUAAUGCACUCCUGAUUUAAGCAGCGUUGUCCAGUACUUAUUCUGUUUUGAUGCUCAAAUGCUGACUUGAAAACGAUGGCAUGACAACAGUGCCUGUCUGUAGUAAGAAGAACACAUUUCCACACUGAGCUCUGUUGUUGUUUUGUAGCUACCAAAGACUUUGACUUUUUCUCUCAUAACAGAGACCAAGCAAACCAAGACCGUGUGUAAAUUUCACAGGGAGGAGUCUUGUUUAUAGCUAGUGCUCAAGUUUUUGUGUUUUGUAAAAAUAACAGUUGCUGUCCAGUAUCCUUGAAACUGUUUGUUCACUAUUGUGUUUGGAUACAACUGCACUUUUGCAAUAAACCUGUGUUUACAUAAUUCAGUA